AUGGGAAAAAUUAAGUCAAAGGAAACGAAGCAGAAGAAUAAUCAGAGAUCUAUGAACAACAAAUCAAGAUUUCAUUUUGAUUCUUCAUCAGGAGAAAAUGAUAGUGGGUGGUUCAGUACUGAACAAUCUGGAGACGAGACAGAAAAGAUUUUAUCUUCAAAGAGUUUAUCUUCUGAUUCUUCUGAGAUUUACCGCCGGAAAGCAGCUGAAGUUCGCCGGAGAAGGAAUUCUGAAAUGAGUCAUGGCCCGUUUGAUUCAGGGGGCAAAUUACAAGAAAGGAUCGCUGUGGUGAAGCGGCCUAGUGAUCCGUAUAAUGAUUUCAGGACAUCAAUGGUGGAAAUGAUUGUAGAGAAGGAGUUAUUUGCAGAAGAGGAUCUGGAGAAGCUUUUACAGUGUUUUCUGUGUUUGAAUUCCUCUCAUUAUCAUAAAGUUAUUAUUGAGGUAUUUAAGGAAGUAUGGGAUACUCUGUUCUCUAAUUGA